UGGAAUUAACAAUAGUAUUUGAGAGUGAGAAAGAAUCGUGUCUGUCUGCCUGAUCAUGUCGGAACAAGAUAUUCCGGUUGUAGAAAAAGAAAAUAAUGAAAACGUAGUUUCCGAUAUUGUUCAUUCAUCUGAUUUAAUUAAUGAGUCUAGUAUUAUAGGUGAAGAGAAAACAGCAGAAGUAACCACUAUGAACACUACCACCAGUGAAGAUUCGGAGUAUGAGACAUUAGAGGAGGACAACGGUGGAAGCUCUAGGAGUUCGAGGUCCAGAAGGAGCUCCUUCUCGGAGGAGAGAGACGAGCUGAGCGACGAUAUCAAUAUUGAAGAUGAGCGAGAGGAUGGUGAUGGGCAAGAGGAAAACUCAUUGGCCAAAGACAAGAAACUGGAUGAUGAUGAAGACCGAAGAAAUCCACAGUAUAUUCCCAAGAGAGGAACGUUUUAUGAGCAUGACGAUAGGACGAUGAUGGAUGAUAAGGAAGAGGAAAGCAAUGGCAACGAUGCGAGCCGACAAGAGAAGAGUGAUGAGGGGGGUGAAAAGGAGGGGAAGGUGGGAACGGGAAGCUCGGCAGGACCUAGGAAGGGCAAGGUGUGGACGGAGAAGGCAGACCGGUGGACACAUGACUUGUACAUAGAGGAGGAGCAGCUGCCUAAGUCUAAGGAGGAGUUAAUAGACACUUAUGGCUAUGACAUCCGUAAUGAGGAGGCCCCGCCGAAGUCGAGGAGACGCAGGAAAUAUACACGUGGGCCACACAAGUAUGAUCGCCACUGGGAAGAUGAGAAUGCAUAUGCACGUUCCAUGGGUGGGCACCGUCACCCCUAUCACAAUAACCGUGAGGACUUCCCUGAACUAACUGAGUCAGGGCAGAAACGACAUGAGAGACCACAAGGCCCAGGCAAGAGCAAAUCUCCGAAGCAAAGACAGGUUCCCGCACCACCCCCAAACACAGAGAGGGAGAGGGGAGAGGGAGAGCGGGGACCCAAGAAAGAGAGAGAGGUCAAGUCCUCAGCCUCUGUAGUGAGGGAGAAGGGGUCUCCAACUGCACCUGUCAAACGGCCCCCGCCGACGCCAGCCAUCGGAGAAAAACACAUAUCGAUUCCCAGCAGCAACUUUCCUCCUCCUCCCAUGGUGGUGGGUAUACAGGACCGUCAUGACAAGGGAGAGAAAAAGGAAGGGGAGAUGAAGGUGAGUAGGGGGCGAGGAUUCCGAGGCACCGGCAAACCUAGGCCAACACUAGAGUUUACAGCAUCUCGAGGGCGAGCUGGACCACCUCCUGCGUUCAACAGGGAGACUGCUCCACAAGUUCAAGACAGCCUAAAACAUGCAGCAGACAUGUUGAUACAGGACUUUGGCCAUGUUUAUAUCAACAAUAAUAACAACACGAACAACAUCGUGGAGGAAACCAUCAUUCCUAGGAGUGCGAGGCGUUCACAUCAUGCGGGCGGUGAUGCAGAUGGUCAGAAUGAGCCGACACGAUCUAAGCGCUACUCUACACAGCGACAGCGCAGCCUCCCUGAGAAUACACCACCACCUACGUACAGCCCUCCACACAAUAUCCCGUACUAUACGCAACCUCCACCUGCCAAUUUCGUGCCAGGGCCUGUGUACAAUGAUGUGGCUCCCCCACCAGUGACAUCGCCUCCCUUGCAGAUGGUAGCCUUCCUCCCCCCUGGACCGCCGCCUACAGCACCAGCAGCCCCUCCAUAUCCCCCACCACCUCUGCUCAACUAUAUGCCUCCACCUGCAUUUCCCCCCAUGGCACUACAGCCCCCACAGAUAUCAGGACAAUUUGAAGACUUGACUCAGACACCUGAGCUAUACCAGGGUCAAGGUGGGAUCACCUACUAUAGUACGCAGUCACAGAAUGCCCUACCCCGCCCCAACCCACCUCGAAGAGUCAAACUGGCCAUUCCCAUUGUACCCCCGCCUGCCCAUGACAAAUCUCCAUCAGGAUCACACAAGCAGCGUGGUGGGCCCAGCAAACAGCAAGAGGUGCCAUCUGUAGCAUCAUAGGAUGACUAGAGAAGAGACUAUGGCAGCAGAUUCUUGCAUCGACAAAAGUCACCGAACGAACUAUUUUUACUCGUUACCAGGUCUACUGGGCAUCACCUAGGUCUCCUGUAGUCUUGAAGGGUCAGCUCACCUACAAUCACUUCUCCCAGUAUUAUCAUACUGACUGAGUCACAGAUGGUGGUGGUGUGGCAAAACUAGUGCAGGGCACACGUUCCUCUAGUGAUAGACAUUCACAUGUGAGGAUCUUGAACAUCUUUGAAUGGAUUGGUUAAGAUUGGAUACAGAAGGGAUUGGUAGGAAAGAUUGUCUGGGAAUUUUCUUUUGAGUUUUUGGAAAGUAUUUUGUUGUGAAUCAAAACUAUUUUAGUUCAAAUAUUUUAGAUUCAUUCUAAUGAUUAUUUUAGAUUUAUAGUUAAAAUAUUUGCAGUCCAACAUCAAUUUAUUUAAUCAUUCUGCUAUUAUCUAUUUGUGUAUUACAAUAUCACACAAUAGUUUAAAAAUUCACAGGUCAAGUAUUUUAAUGCAUUUAAGAAAUAUUACUUUUUUAGAGAAAUACGUUACAAUUCAAAGUUGCUAGAUCAAAAAACUUAAUAAUAACUCAAUAAUAAUAAUAAAAGUUUCAGUUUUCUGUAAAUGAAGGGUAGGUGAGCAUAUCAUUAUGUCCAACUAAAUAUGCUAAAUACCCUUAAAAUAAAACUAAAAGGUGUUACAUGAUCCUCCAUUCCAAGACAAAGAUAAUAUAUUUAUUUUCUUUAAGGUUAUUCAUACUUUUCUGCAUUUCGUUAAAUAAUAGAGUUGAUACUUUGAAUUAUUCAACAAUUGCUACCAAGUAACAACAAAGUGUGACAUAUUUAUGUGGCUCACUUUUCUUAAAGUUAUGAAAUCACAGGUCUUUCACUGAACAAGUAGUAUUCUGUUUAUUUGAAGAUUUAUUCAUGAAAAUCUGCACUUUAAUUCCUAUUUAACAAUUUGUUUUACAAUGACACAUUGAAUUAUCCCUUACAGAACUAUCCCACAAUAGAAGUAUAUGAUGUUGGUUGUCAAGAGAGGAUUACUGUUCAAUGGUGAUUCUUUCUUGUGAUAUGGAACAGAAAAAAAUGUUACAGUUUGAUAAAGUUACAUGACAAUCUAUCCUCCUACUUCCUAACAGUGCUGGUCUAAUGUUUCCAUCUUUGCUGUGUAAUCUACAAAUCGUCAUUUCAUCAUGUAAGAACAAAAGCAUUUACCCACAAUCAUAAGAAAAUCUGUUAGAUAAAACAAAUUUAAAGUAAAUGUUUAGCUAUACUGUCUGUAACCUGAUUUAGUUGUGAUAUUUUAUUGUAAUUUGUUUUGAAAUCUUUCUAGUGACAUUUUGUUUGCCGUCUCUGGCAACAGCUUAAGACUUACUCAAAAAGUUGCAAUGGGAUGAACCCAUCUAGGUUACUUUUUCCAACGAAUUUGUUGAAUAAAACACUGUUUUUCUACAUAGGUCUUGGGCUGAUGAUUACCAUUAUAAGAUCCAUUAAUUUAA